AUGCGGUCGCCAGGGAAUCAGGGUGUCCCAUUCGAAGCCCUCCUCCCCUACGCCAUUUGCAUCGCCUUCUUCGGUGUAUCAGGUGCAGGUCUCUCCAAACUCAGAAACAUGCAAAACGGUGGAAAGCGUGCGAGGCAUUCAGUGGAUCAGUGGGAUAGACAAAUGAUGGACCGGGAUAGGAGGCUUACGGGCUUCCUGAGAGGGCAGACAGAUCAAGUUAAGGCGCCGGCAGGCUUUGAGUUGAGCAACCCAUGGAGGGUCGAGAAGGGCAUCUCAUAA